ACAUUUACUCGUAUUGACAUUUAAUGUUCUAGAUCUAUAAACUAUAUAAAUAUUGGGUUUAUUGGAUCUAGAUUUUUCCAGAUAGAUCUAGAUUCUAGUUUUUAAAUCCCAAUGAAGAAAAUAUCGUGUUGUUUCUUCAGUUCUCAUCUCGUUGUGGCUAGAAAAUUCCUCUACGCUCUAGAUAAUUGGGUCACACUUAUUUUUAGCUUGACGGAUCUUUCCGAGCAAUUCCGAUUAAAAGUCCAGCCAAUGGAAGAACAGGAAAUAAAUAGCCAGGGUCAUCGAGAAUCCUCUAGACUGUUGUGAUAAGCAAGGAGGAUUCUCGGGAAUUCUACACCUUCUUCGCAAACUAGUAUAAAAGCAAGCAUGUUGAGCAGCAGAGACAGAAUACCUGAAUCUGGUAUAACGACACACAAGCGAAAAGUAAUUAACUAUUACUACAGCGCAACGCAAUUUUCAUUCCUCAUUCUAUAUCUUACUGAGCAUAUAUCCUAAUCUGCACAGGAGUCUUAAGUUUAAAGAUUUCAAUCAAGAGUUUUAAUACAUCUAUCUACAAUUAAGAUGUCAGGACGAAAUAAGGCUCCCGCGAUUGGUAUUGACCUGGGGACAACCUAUUCUUGCGUGGGUGUGUUCCAACAUGGCAAGGUGGAGAUAAUCGCCAACGAUCAAGGCAACAGGACAACUCCCAGCUAUGUGGCCUUUACCGACACAGAACGCUUGGUGGGUGACGCAGCCAAGAACCAAGCUGCCAUGAAUCCAAGUAACACAGUCUACGACGCCAAGAGGCUGAUCGGCAGAAAGUUUGACGACAAGACAGUCCAGAACGACAUGAAGCAUUGGCCCUUCAAGGUUGUGGAAGUUGAUGGUCGCCCCAAGAUCCAAGCUGAGUACAGAGGCGAGAAAAAACUCUUCGCCCCAGAGGAGAUCAGCUCGAUGGUUCUCACCAAGAUGAAAGAGACGGCCGAGGCUUAUCUAGGCCAGAAAGUCACAGAUGCUGUGAUCACAGUGCCAGCUUAUUUCAACGAUUCACAGAGGCAAGCCACAAAAGAUGCUGGUGCUAUCGCUGGACUCAAUGUCCUCCGAAUAAUCAAUGAGCCCACAGCCGCUGCCCUGGCGUAUGGCCUUGACAAAGGUCAUAAAGGAGAGAAGAAUGUUUUGAUUUUCGACCUGGGUGGUGGCACUUUCGACGUCAGCAUCUUGACCAUCGAUGAAGGGUCGAUGUUUGAAGUGAAGGCUACUGCUGGCGACACCCAUCUGGGAGGGGAAGACUUUGACAACAGAAUGGUCACUCACUUUGUGCAGGAGUUCAAACGUAAAUAUAAUAAAGACAUGAGCAGCAACCCAAGGGCCAUCAGACGUCUUCAAACAGCAUGCGAACGAGCCAAGAGAACACUCUCCAGCAGUUCUGAAGCUUCCAUUGAAAUAGACUCUCUCUAUGAAGGUAUUGACUUUUACACUAAGAUUACAAGAGCCAGAUUUGAAGAGCUGUGUGGUGACCUUUUCAGAUCAACACUGCAGCCUGUUGAGACAGCACUGAGAGAUGCCAAACUAGACAAGGGCAAAAUAGAUGAAGUUGUACUGGUUGGCGGGUCAACUCGCAUUCCAAAAGUCCAGAAGCUUCUGACGGACUUCUUCAAUGGCAAAGAGCUGAACAAAUCUAUAAACCCAGACGAAGCUGUAGCUUAUGGUGCUGCAGUUCAAGCUGCUGUGUUGACUGGCGACACAAGCGACACCAUCAAAGACGUUCUGUUGGUGGAUGUUGCUCCACUCUCACUGGGUAUUGAAACUGCUGGAGGCGUCAUGACUCCACUGGUCAAGAGAGGCACCACCAUUCCAACCAAAACCUCCCAGAUCUUCACCACAUACGUGGACAAUCAGCCAGGCGUCGACAUUCAGGUCUACGAAGGUGAGCGUGCUAUGACCAAAGACAACAACCUGUUGGGCAAAUUCCACCUCACCGGCAUCCCUCCUGCACCCAGAGGCGUUCCCCAGAUAGAGGUCACAUUCGACAUCGACGCCAACGGUAUCCUCAACGUCAGCGCCCAGGACAAGAGCACUGGUAAAACCAACAACAUCACCAUCAAAAACGACAAAGGCCGACUCAGCCAGGCUGAAAUCGAUAGGAUGCUCUCAGACGCGGAGAAAUACAAAGACGAGGACAAGAAGCAGCAGGAUAGAGUGUUGGCUAGGAACCAGCUGGAGAACUACGUCUUUAAUGUCAAACAGGCUGUUGAUGCCGCUGGGGAGAAGCUGUCUUCUAGUGACAAGGACACUGUGCUGAACGCCUGCAGCAGCACGCUGAAAUGGCUGGACAAUAACUCUUUGGCCGAGAAAGAAGAGUAUGAAGACAAAUUGAAGGAGAUACAGAAACUCAGCUCUUCCGUCAUGGCCAAGCUGCACUCCCAAGGCGGCUCAGCACCAGGACACACUCAGGACCAUAACAGUGGCCCAACAGUUGAAGAAGUAGAUUAAAAACUUGACUUCCAGCUAGUCUUUUUUUGUUUGUUUUUGAACUUACAGUAUUAUUGAAUGUAAAGUUGAUAUUAAGUAUAAUGCAAUCUCAUGUGUGAGUUUUAUAUUUUGAAUGUUUUUUAAAAAUAUUUUUUGUUUUUUUUUAUCUCGUUUUUUUUUUAAAUGAAACAAUUAAGAUUUUUGAGUUUUGAGUUUGAUUUGUAUAUAAUAUUGUAUUUCAAGUAGAAAUUGAUGUAAAAAUUUUUAUAAUUUGAAUAUUUUUGAAGGCCAGUUUCUUUCGUGAUAUAUUCUUUUGAAAUUUAAAGUUUAUUUGUACAUA